AUGGCGGCCGCAGCACCACAGAAGCCAGAGACUUUCAUGCUCAGCACAGAAGCGCAACAAGCAUUACCACACGAUGCCCAAGUAGCUCUGCAACAAGUUGAUAACCUGAAAUACUUCCUCAUCUCGGCGCCUGUCGAUUGGCAACCCGACCAGUACAUCCGCAGGUUCCUGCUACCGACCGGCGAAUACGUCUCUUGCGUCUUAUGGAACAACCUCUUCCACAUCUCCGGUACAGAUAUCGUGCGAUGCCUGUCCUUCCGGUUCCAGGCCUUUGGCCGCCCCGUCAAGAACUCCAAGAAGUUUGAAGAGGGUAUCUUCUCCGACCUGCGAAAUCUGAAGUCGGGAACGGAUGCGUCGCUGGAGGAGCCCAAGAGCCCAUUCCUCGACUUCCUCUACAAGAACAACUGCAUCCGAACGCAGAAGAAGCAGAAGGUCUUCUACUGGUAUAGCGUACCCCACGACCGCCUCUUCCUCGACGCUCUUGAAAGAGACCUGAAGAGGGAGAAGAUGAGCCAGGAGGCUACCACCAUGGCUGUCAGCGAGCCUGCUCUGUCGUUCCAGUAUGACUCUUCGCAAUCGCUUUACGAGCAGUUGACGAAGGCUCAACAAGCCAACUCUUCCUCGUUCAACGCCCAACAAGUGUCGUUUCCCCAAUCACAAGCCCCAUCUCCCGUGAUGAGGGCGAUGGAUCAGAUGCCUCCCCCACAAAUGAUGCCUCAGUCGAUGGCCCCUUUAGGGGAUGGGAUGGACGCCAUGGUCCCAUACCAGACGAUGGCAGCGAUGGCUCCGGUCAUGCCGGCCAUGCCGCAGCAAAUGCAGCAAGUGGUCAAGAGAGAACCUGACUAUAGCCGUGUUCAGUACAACCAGAACGGUGUCCCGAUUUCCCAAGGGCAUCAACGCCACACUUCCAUGCCUGCGUAUGGUCUAGAAUACUCCCCUGCUCCUUCGUUCGUCUCGUCUCAAUAUGAGGAUUACAGCAACCGCGGCAUUUCCUUCGAGCCGAUUACGCCUCCUCAGCAAGCUCUAGGAAUCGGUGCUGAGCCCGCGUACAUUGCGAACGAGGAGACGGGGCUAUACACGGCCAUCCCUGACCACCUUGGCGGCGUAAACGGUCUGAACGGCAUGAUGCAGCUGCCACCAUCCAACCUUGCGGGACCACAAUUCUCGCGUGGCUACGGUACCAACAAUGUCUACUCUGUGAUCGAAGGAUCCCCGACAUAUAAGCAGAGAAGACGGCGUUCAUCCAUCCCUCCUUCAAUGUCGGCUAUCGCAGCUGCAACAGCUCAGGCUCAAGCCGCUGCCCACCGACCUUCUGACCUCAGGAGGUCUGUUUCGGCGUCAGUCGGACCCUUGGCUGAAAGCGACGAGGGUCAGGACAACUCACCUCCCGGCCUGUCCUACAGCAACUCGGGUAUGUCUAUGCACAGCCAACAGAACCGAGAAAUGCUCGAGAUGUCAAGGCAUGGCACACCAUUGUCGACAGUUGAAGGCAGUCCCGCCCUCAACCCGAUGUCUCUUCAGCGACAAGAUUUCGUUCAGAUGUCUCAUGACGACCUCAACGAUGGCGGCAUGAGUGACCACCGGCAUAUGCAUGGUGGACCGAACGUGGUCCGCAGGGCUCGCUCAGCGACCGUCAUGGAGCUGGGUCCCUACCCGCAGAAGUCACACUCAUGCCCCAUUCCCACGUGUGGUCGCCUCUUCAAGCGCUUAGAACACCUGAAGCGACACAAGCGAACCCACGAUCGCGGUGAGGGUGGCGAAGGUGGCCUGCAUUUGUCAGGUGAAGACGAAGACGACUAUUCUGGCGAGGAUCACCUUGGGCCCCUCGAGGAGGCAUCGCCCAACUCCGAGAAUGGCUACUUACCAGCCUCGCUUCACCACUCUAUGACUUCUUCGACACCGAACAACAAUGGUCUCGCUACUGGUGGCAUGCACCCGCAGUCAUUCAACCCUCUCCAGACGCUUAGCAUGCCUAUGACCAUGAGCACGCCGACCGGUGCCAUGUGA